UCUAUUUCUGCAACCACAGCGUGUGAAACCCUAACCUGAUAUUCCAUGGCAUCCAAACCCUUGGCUCGUUCUUCUUCCGCCGCAUCAAACAUCUUCAGACCAGGAGUAUUAGUUGAAAUCAGUAACUAUGUUAAGGGAUUCCAAGGUUCAUGGUUCACAGGAAAGAUUAUCCGUUGUCUCCAUGGUGACGAGUUUUAUGUAAAGUAUGACAAGAUAAUGGAGAAGGAGGAUAAAACAAAGGGCCUCCGAGAAAAAGCUAAGCUUUCUCAACUCCGUCCGAUUCCUCCGAAGGAUAUCGUGCACGACUUCCGUAUUGGAGAUGAUGUGGAUGCUUAUCACAACGGCGGGUGGUGGGAGGGUUGGAUAUCUGGAUCAUCAGGGGACGGUAAAUGGGUUGUGGAUUUCUAUGACUGGAAAGAGCGGCAAUCGUACCCUGAAAGAAAACUUAGGUUACACCACAACUGGGUCAAUGGAAGGUGGAUCCGACCAAUUCCACAACAGCAUAAUCGUGACAUCAAAAAAAGGGAGAGGGUAAGGGCUGCUGAAACUGCUAGUAGAGAAAAGGGUGAUUUCAUACGUUCGGAAAGGGUGGAUAAGAAAUGGGUAAUGACUUCUAAGCAUGAGGUCGCUCAAAAAGAUAGAGAGACAAAGUUGAAUUUAGAAGAAGAGUGUCAAGAGUUGAAGAGGUAUUUCAGUACACUGGAUAUUGUAGGCAAGAGGAUGACGAAGAAAAAAGUCAGGGAACUAACACAUUCAUUCACAAUUUCCAUGUGUCUACCAUCAGUGAAGUACACGCUAAGGAGAGAAAUUAAGAAGAGAAAAAAGAGUCAAGAGAGUGACGUGCAUCGUGAUCCUUCCAUGUGGAAGUAUGCUGAGGGCUCACAAGAAAGUCAGACUAUGAAGAGAUUAUGUACAAAACCAACUGAAAGUCAUUUGUCUAGCAAGUCUUUAAGACAUUACUUAUCUCAAUUUCCUAUUUUCUUACAUCAGUACAUUGAUGACAUUAUUGAUGUGCGUAAAGAUGGAAAUUGUGGUUUCCGUGCUAUUGCAGCUUUACUUGGAAUGGGCGAACAGUCAUGGCCUUUAGUUCGGGAGCAGUUAGAUGUUGAAGUUUAUCAACACCAUCAAUUGUAUUCUAAAGUGUUCCAUGACACAAUAUCUAAUGUUAGGAGUUCGUUGCAAGUAGAUAGCUUGGGUCCUCAAGAUUGUGACAAGUGGAUGAUGAUUCCUGAAAUGGGUUACCCUAUUGCUUCUAGAUACAAUGUCAUAUUCGUCUCAUUGUCCAAGAACUUUCACCUUAACCUCACUUUCUUCCCAUUGAUGAGAUCUCCAUGCACAACAGAGAGUAUACACGAAAUUUUUGCGGUUGGUUUUGUUGAUAAUGAUCAUUGGGUUCAGGUGAAGUUGAAACCCAAUUGUCCAUUGCCUCCCAUCACCGAUCAAUGGAGACAGAACUGUAGUGAAGAUGCAAGAGCAUGGGAAACAACAUAUGCAAGACGUAUAAGGCACUGGGAAGAAGAAGUUCAGAAGUCAACAUAAUUUAUUUUGCAUUGAUAUUGUAGCAUAUUUUUCAUUAUAUAUGUAUUUAUUUAAUCGAAUAUAUUUUAUUAACUGGUGCUCUACCGAAUUUUUCAUAUAUUCAAAAAUCACCACUACCUACC